AUGGCGUACAGCCACGUGCCGUUCGACUCCCUCCAGGACGACAAGGAAUUCGCCCUCUCGCCUCUGCAGGCGCCCGGCGCGUCAGCCUGGACCGACAGGCUCAAUCCCAGCGGAUACGAACACUUGGAGCUCGACGACGGAGGCGGCAUCUCGGUCCGCGCGGGUGCGAACCGCCGGUCCUCGCCGAACAGCUCGGUCAACAGCCUGAGGAUUUUCCCGGGCCAAGAAGCUCGCGUCGUCAGUGUUCACAGGGUGUCUCCUGCGGAAAAGUCGCCCGAAAUAAGUGCUGCGGAGGCGGAAGCGGAAGCGGCGUCACCGGUUUCCAACAGACACCUGCUCGAUUCGCCAGCCGGCUCAAAUGGCAUGUCACCGACGUCGUCGUCAGCUUGGACGGGCCCAAAGACGACGAGUAUAUUCGAGAGACUCAUGCCACGCAAGGGAACCGAAGAGACGGCGUCGCUCAGAGAGAACGCAGGGCCGUUCUCCUACUCCCCGGCGCCGAAUACGCCCAUGGGCGUGCCCAUCAACAACCGCAACAGUCCGUCGUCAGAUGCCGAGCCGGGCAGGGACGACUCGGACACGGACGCUUGGAAAAAGAGAUACAGCGCACCACCGAGCUACUGCAAGGCCAGACAAGGCAUCUGGACCGGCAAAAAGGACGGCAUCAUGAUGGCCCUCGCCGUGUAUCCCCUGGUGGUGGGCAGCUUCCUGCUCGCCGUGGCCAUCUGGCAGCCUGCCCUGCCCUUCGUCGGUCCGAUGGACCAGAUCGAGGCGUCGACGGCGGUGAGCGUGGUCUCGUUUGUUGCGAAAUCCGUAGAGGUCAGCUUUGCCGGCGCGUUUCUGUUCUGCCUCGGCCAGGCGCUGAGCCUGCGAUCCAUUUCGCGCAUGACGAUGGGCGUCACGCUGUCGGAGAUGAACAUGAGGAACUGGCUGUACUCGCCGGGCAUGAUCAUCAGCCAUUACAAGUCGUCGUGGUUCUCGGUGCGGUCUCUGCUCGGGGCGACGACGCUUUUCGCCUCGCUCGGCGUGUUUCUCUACACGACUGCCAUUGGCACCAUGGUUGCUCCCAAGCUGAAGCAGAUGCCCGUCCAGCACAGAAUGCUGGACGGCGAGUUUUGGACUUCCUACGGAAACGUGUACUACGGGAAGCAGAAGUGCCCCGUCCUGUUCGGCAAGGGAAACGAGGACGACGCCUGGGGCUGCACGAGCGUCGAGUUCUGCGGCUCGUCGUACACCGACCUGCUCGCCUUCAUGCAGAGGUGGGAGAAGACGCAGAAGGGGCGCGCCUCAAAGUCGUUUGACCAGCGGUCGAGGCCCAACGUCACAAGCCUGCUCGACGGGAACAAGAGCAUGCUCGCGUCGUGGAUCGAGACCCGGAGCACGCAGCGCAACGUCACGGCCAUGUACGAGAGGCACGGACGCAUCAUCGACAACGUCACCAUGGCGCUGCCGCACCCGGGCGUCUACAAAGCCGUCGGGCUGCCGAGCAACAACAUGCCGCACGUGCGGGAAAACUCGUUCGCGCAGGUCGUCGUCAACGCGAGAGUCGUGUCGCCCAGCCUCAACGUCAUGUGCGUCAACAUGAAGAAGGAGGAGCUGAGGCCUCUGGUCUACACGUCCUGGCCGUACAGCAAGAACGUCAAGUCCCGGGCGCCGGGGCUCAUGGUCCCCGCGGACGGCUGGGCUCUCCGUUCCCCCCCUUGGGGCGAGGACGGGAAAGAAGGCAGCGUCCCGAACAAGACGGUGGUCGACGACAUAUUUCGAUGGGGGCCGAAGUACGGGAGGACGCCACCCAUGAUCGCGGCGUAUCCGCCUCCGCUCAACGUCGUGUCGAACCUGACCAUCCGCGGCGCCGAUGCCGUCUACAUCCUUGCCAAGCACCCGGACAUAGCGGACUACACUCUCUGCGAGGCCAGGUCGUGGUUGUCGACGCUGUGCUCGACCGAGGCCGUCAUCUCCGGCGCCUCCACCUCGUAUCUGCGUUCGGUUUGUGAAGGCGACGCGAACACCUUUGCCUACAGCGGCGUCUCUCCGGGAUCCGACGUCAUCGCCAGCAACUGGUCCACGUCCAUGGACAUGAACGGCGGGCUUCACGUCAGCAACGCCUCCAACGGCCGGAUCCUCUCGCAACUCAUCCUGAGAGAGCCCACGCUGAGCCCCUACCUCCCCAGCAUCGCCGAAGCCCUGUCCGCGUACAUGGCCUCGACGCUCGUCAUGGCAUCCAUCGACUCGCCGUUCCAGCGCGGCUGGGACUAUCCAAACAAGAUGCUCGACGAGCCGGGCACGCAGCAGUUCUUCGCCCAGAUCCUGACGACGCAGUAUGCCGCGGGCCACACCGAGGAGUGGCAGAAGGUCUGGUACUGCGUCCUCUUCAUCGUGCCGGCGCUGAGCCUCUUCUGCGUCUUGUACAUGUGGUACAACGGCGGCGUCGUCACCGACUUUACCGAGCCGAAGACGCUCUUUGCCCUGGCCCUCAACAGCCCUCCCAGCGUCCAGAUCCACGGGAGCUGCGGGAGCGGCCCGACGGGCAGGGACCUCGUCGUCCCCUGGAGGGUGUCGUACGAGCCCGAACUGAAGCACUUCUACUUCGAGGAGGCCAACAACAGGCCGUGGAGAGGGAGGUACUCCCGCCAGGCGUUCCAGGUUCCUGGCCCCGGUGGGGACGCCAUCGGGGCCAGCUACAACGCGCUCAGCGCGAGCAGAUUGAGGUUGUGA